AUGGGUACUCCAAAAUUGGCCCUGCCUUUCAAAGGAUUGUUCAAUGGAAGACUCUUCUUUACAGCCGCGAUCCUCGCUCUAUCUCAGUUCAACUUUAGCUUCGAGGGAAGUGCAUUCACCAAUAUUCAAGCCAUGGAGCACUUUACCCAUCAGUUCGGCAAGACACAGCCGGAUGGUUCCGUUGUUCUUGAGCCGCAAUGGCUCUCCUUCUUCAACGGCUUCUCCAUUGUCGGUUUUGCUUGCGGUGUGAUUAUUGGAAAUCGACUCACCGACCGCUUCGGUCGACGCUUUACUGUUAGAGUCAUGUGCAUCUGGACCAUAAUCUGUACCACAGUUCUCCUCACGGCCCGCACCAGUGACCAGAUGCUCGCAGGAAGAGCUCUGAACUACCUAUACAUCGGCAUGGAGCUUGCUGUCAUCCCACUGUAUCAAGCCGAGAUCACACCACUACAAGCCCGAGGAGCCAUGGUUGCCUCGUAUAAUACCGCCUUGCUCACCGGUAUGCUCGUAAUGUCACUCGUCUGCUACGGAACAAGCGAGAUUCCAAGCAAGACCAGUUAUCUUCUGCCCAUUGGUCUCUUCUAUUGCAUCCCUGCAAUUGUUUUGGCAUGCACCUUUUGGAUGCCGGAGUCCCCACGCUGGCUUGUCCUGCGCGAGAGACAUGAAGAGGCACUGGAUGCGUUGAGGCUCUUUCGCGGAGGCAAGUUUUCCGAGGAGCAGAUCCAGGAAGAGCUGGCUUCGAUCCAAGCUGCUUGCGGGUCUCAGCAUUACAAGCCAACCGAAGCAAGUUUUGCCAAGCGCUGGCUGCAAAUCUGGAGCCGCAAGCAUAUCAAGCGUACGGGAAUCGUCCUCGCCACAAACUUCUUCCUCCACGGCACAGGCAAUGCCUUUGCGGGCAUGUACGGGACUCUCUUCUUCAGGUCCAUCGGCACCGUCAACCCCUUUGUCCUCUCGGUUGUCAACUCGAUUGUGGCUCUCGUCGUUUCCAUCAUGACGCUGUUCUUGGUUGACAUGAUCGGUCGACGCCCUCUCUUGCUAGGCGGCUCAUCUAUCCAGGCCUCGGCGCUUCUGAUCAUGGGAGGCCUGGGAAUGAUCUCGAACCCCAGUGUCACUGUCAAGGGCGGCAUCAUUGCCACGAUGAUGAUAUUCGGUGCUGGAUACUGUGCCUCAUGGGGCCAGUUGUCGCACACUAUUACCGCCGAGCUGCCCUCUGCCGAAGUCCGGGAUCUCACAUACGCGACUGGCUCGCUCCUUGCCAUCUCCACGCAGGCCGCCAUGACAUUUGGCCUUCCUUAUCUUCUGAACCCGCCUUACGCUGCUCUUGGACCUCGCGUUGGGUUCAUCUUUGGGAGCCUGGCAGCUGUCUCGGUGGGCUUUGCAUUUUUUUGUAUGCCCGAGUGUCAUGGCAAGAGUUUGGAGGAGAUUGACACACUAUUCAACAACAAGGUGCCUAUUCGGAAGUUGAAAAAAACUCAUGUUAAUCUGCUGGAGCAGUCUAAAGUUGGGGAGGCUACGGUUGACCACAAGGAGUUCAAGGUUGCAGAGGAGGCGGUUUAG